AUGAAUAGUUGCAGAACCGUAAUCUUUGUGGUACUAAGUCUGGUAAUAGCUCUGAAUGAGCAGAGAUCUUUCGUGGCACAAGCCGGUUCUGAGAGCAAGGUUCAUAUAGUGUAUUUAGGUGAGAAGCAGCAUGAUGAUCGCGAGUCUGUCACAGAAUCUCAUCAUCAGAUGUUAUGGUCACUUCUUGGAAGUAAAGAGGAUGUCCAUAACUCUAUGGUGCAUAGUUACCGACAUGGCUUCUCAGGUUUUGCAGCCAAGCUUACCAAGUCCCAAGCCAAGAAGAUAGCAGAUCUACCUGAAGUUGUUCAUGUCACCCCGGAUAGUUUCUACGAACUAGCAACAACUCGAACAUGGGACUACUUAGGCCUUUCGGCCGCUACUCCGAAAAAUCUUCUAAAUGAUACUAAUAUGGGUGAGGAAGUUAUCAUCGGCAUUGUAGACUCAGGAGUUUGGCCAGAAUCAGAAGUCUUUAAUGACAAUGGGAUUGGACCAGUACCAAGCCACUGGAAAGGAGACUGUGAAUCAGGAGAGAUGUUCAAUGCCUCUCACUGCAACAAAAAGCUUAUAGGAGCCAAAUACUUCAUCAAUGGUUUUCUUGCAACACAUAAAACCUUCAACUCCACAGAAUCACUUGACUUUAUUUCCCCUAGAGACAAUAGCGGCCAUGGCACACAUGUGGCCACCAUAGCAGGUGGUUCAUACGUCCCCAAUACAAGCUACAAGGGCUUAGCUGGAGGGACUGUGAGAGGUGGAGCAAUACGUGCUCGUAUAGCAAUGUACAAAGCUUGUUGGUAUCUUGAUGAUUUAGACAUAAAUACUUGUUCAUCUGCUGACCUCUUGAAAGCUAUGGACGAAGCUAUGCAUGAUGGUGUUGAUGUUUUGUCUUUGUCUAUCGGCUAUCGUCUUCCUUACUACCCCGAAACUGAUGUCCGCGCUGCGAUAGCAACUGGAGCAUUCCAUGCCGUUUUAAAAGGUAUAACAGUUGUUUGUUCAGGUGGUAACUCUGGACCAGCAGCUCAGACUGUAGGAAACACGGCUCCUUGGAUUUUGACAGUGGCUGCAACGACUUUAGACCGGUCCUUUCCCACGCCUAUCAUACUUGGGAACAAUAAAGCAAUAUUGGGUCAAGCAAUGUACACCGGUCCAGAACUUGGCUUCACUAGCUUGGUUUACCCGGAGAAUCCAGGGAAUAGCAACGAAAGUUUUUUCGGUACAUGUGAGCUUCUCUUCUUCAAUUCUAAUCGUACAAUGGCGGGGAAAGUCGUGUUGUGCUUCACUACAUCAACACGUUACACUACUGUAUCAAGCGCCGUGUCAUAUGUCAAGAAAGCAGGUGGUCUUGGCUUAAUUGUUGCAAGAAACCCCGGAGACAAUCUUUCACCAUGUGUAGAUGACUUCCCUUGUGUUUCUGUUGACUACGAGCUCGGGACAAAUAUACUUUUCUACAUACGGUCCACAGGAUCACCUGUUGUGAAGAUACAACCUUCUAAAACACUUGUUGGACAACCAGUGAGUACAAAGGUUGCAGACUUCUCAUCCAGAGGUCCUAAUUCGAUCGAGCCUUCGAUACUAAAACCGGAUAUAGCAGCACCAGGAGUGAGCAUAUUAGCGGCUACAACCACAAACAGAACUUUCAACGACAAAGGAUUCAUUAUGUUGUCUGGAACAUCAAUGGCUGCUCCUGUAAUUUCAGGAGUUGUUGCACUUCUGAAAGCUAGACACCGUGAUUGGUCUCCUGCCGCCAUUAGAUCAGCCAUUGUCACAACAGCUUGGAGAACAGAUCCAUUUGGAGAGCAGAUUUUUGCGGAAGGGUCACCUCGUAAGCUAGCUGAUCCGUUUGACUAUGGUGGAGGUCUUGUUAAUCCAGAGAAAGCUGCAAAACCAGGUCUUGUCUAUGACUUGGGACUCAAAGACUAUGUUCUCUACAUGUGUUCUGCUGGUUACAACGAGUCAUCGAUCGCUCAGCUUGUCGGAAAAGUAACAGUUUGUUCCAAUCCAAAACCAUCUGUUCUUGAUUUCAACUUGCCUUCCAUCACAAUCCCAAACCUUAAAGAUGAAGUCAUUCUCACCAGAACUCUCACUAACGUUGGACCACUCAACUCAGUCUAUAAAGUAGUGGUUGAGCCACCGUCAGGCAUUCAAGUGACCGUGACACCAGAGACGCUAGUGUUUAACUCUACAACCAAAACUGUCUCUUUCAAAGUGAGAGUCUCGACCAAACACAAAAUCAACACAGGUUAUUACUUUGGAAGCUUGACGUGGAGUGACUCUAUACAUAAUGUCACCAUCCCUCUCUCUGUGAGAACUCAACUUCUUCAGAACUAUUACGACGAAAACUGAAAC